GUCCAACUGUGUUGCUAUUGAUUAUUCAUUACCAUAGUCUCAGGUUUCUCAGUUCGCAGACCGCCGGGCCCCGAUGCGGGGAUGAGAUAAUGGCUCUCAGAGAGUUCGCAUGCUCUGCUAUAUGAAGAACGAACUGUCUUUUGACGCAGUAUCUCACUUCGUAUUAUCUCAAUGCUCGUCUCAACUUAUAGUCAUAAUCGCCUCCUCGCACGCAUCUGCCGAGUCAAUUGAAGCCACAGCUCCACCAGUUCGAUCAUGUCGACCCUCCCUGCACCGUCGUCACUCUCCUUGCUUUCGCAGGAAGAUCAAUUCAAAGUCCUUGACACUCUUUUUGAAUCCUCUCCAGAGCUUCACACUCUGAUGGCCGCAGUCCUUGCGAACCAAUCUUUCUCAUCAUACAACUCUCUAAUCGACGCUGUUGGCGGCCGCUUGUCUGCACUUUCCCCCGCCAAUUCACCCGUGGAUAAGGACAUCCUCUACGGGAUCCUGGGCUCGCAUCCGCGCCUUGGGAGAGCCCCGGCUGCGGCGACAGAGUACAUAAGCGAACUGAGCAAGAAGGAACAGGCCAAUCUGAAUACGGGGGCGGAAGAACAGGCAGAGAGAUUGAAGGCAUUGAAUGCUGAAUAUGAAGACAAGUUUCCGGGUUUGAGAUUUGUAACUUUUGUCAAUGGCCGAAACAGGGACAUUAUUAUGCAAGAAAUGCGCCAAAGAAUCGAUAGAGGAGAUACUGACUGUGAGAUUGAAGAGAUAAUCCAGGCAAUGUGCGAUAUAGCUAAGGAUCGCGCAAGAAAAUUAGAGCAAGCGUAAACCCAAGUAUUAGGAAUAAAUAGGGGAAAAUGAGAGAUAGCAAGUAAACCCCCAACAUUUGUAUAUAAUUAGUGUCCGUAUUGAGCAGUGAAGCUACUUAGUGGUGCUUGGCCCCGCCGUAUUAGGAACUCUCUUCGGUACUUCUGCAGUGCUUCAUAGUCCCGGCUCAUGACAGCCGUGUUAAUAGCUAUGAGCCAGCAGAUCCUGCCAG